UAAAAUUAACCAAUCAUUGUCUUAAAAAAAGAUUUUAAAAAAAUCAGCCCAACUUGAAUUAAUAGAAGGAAUUUGAUUGUCUUUGUCCAAAUUCUUGGCCCAAUUUCGAGGAUAUCUGUUCUGAAGCCUGUAGUGGCCCAUCACCACUCACCUUCUAAAACCCUAAAAUUCACCAUCUUUCAUAUCCCUUGGUUGCUUCGCCAAACCCCCAUCAGAGAAGUUGCUAUUCCUUUUGUUUGGAUAAGAUGUAUCUCCAGUUCUACAUAAAUGAGAAUGGUGACAAAGUUUACACCACUAAGAAAGAAUCUCCACUGGGGAUGCCUACUCAGUCUGCUCAUCCAGCUCGAUUCUCCCCUGAUGACAAAUAUUCAAGACAAAGAGUUCUUUUGAAGAAGCGAUUUGGUUUGCUGCCAACCCAGCAGCCACCUCUAAAAUAUUGAAUGAUUAGAUAUGUCAUGCUGAACUUUAAUGAAGCUUUACUCUUAGUGUAACAAUUAGCGUCCGUUGCUGUAUAAUGCAGUUUCUUUUUAGCUCAUAGCAGAGUCUCUUUAGGAUGAUGAUUUAAAAUAACAAACAGUUUAAUGUCUGGUUGUAAGAACAUCUCAAGUAUAUGAAUGCAAGUAGUACCUUUUGUUCCAGGUUUA